AAGUUAAUAACAAAACCCUGAUUAUAUCGAGUACUGUGAGAUCUGCGCAAACAAAGAAAACCCCUCUCACCCCCGAUAGCCUCCACAGUUCGAGAAAACCCUCGAGAAAGUGAGAGAAAAAAAUUUCCCGGCAGCCAAACACUCCCUUCUGAGUUUCUCUCCAUCUAUCUUUCCCUCCCAGAUACGAUCUUUGUUUAAUUUAUCUGAGCUUUUAUAUUUUUUCUGUCGAGGAAGAAAUGCGGAUCAGGAAGAACGCCAAGGUCUCUCCCCUUCUGUUCACCUCGCACGCUCCAGAUGCCGAGGAGCUUCUGCCGCAUGUGUGCCAGAUCAACCGGAAUCCCUGGGAUAUUAUUCCUUUCGGACCGGAGUCGGACCAGUGGGAGGUCGAAGAGAGCUUGUACGGUGGGAGCUUCGGUGAUUCAAUCGGAGCUGUCGAGAGCGUUGCGUCGUUGAGGGAUGGCGCGGACGAGAAACCCUUGGAAAAGAAUGAAGGGCCCGUGGCCGAGGGUAUCGACAUUGAGAACAAUUGGAAGGCGGGCGACGAGAGGACGGGGAGCAUGUGCUGCCAACAGAAUGACGGCCGUGGGUGGCAUUGUAAGAAAAAAGCCAAGCAAGGGGAGUCCUUCUGCAACCAUCACCUGUCCCUACUUCGAUCGAACUGCAUUGUUAAGGCCAACGGCAAUGGAUACUGUAGGGAUAAUGGAAAUAAUCAUAACAUAUCUUCGAAGAAGGCUGCCGCCGCGGUGAGCGGAGCGGUACAGCUGAAAAAUGGAGGCGGCGGCGGCCGGAAGAAGGUGAAGAAGGAAUCCGCCCCUAACCCCUACGAGUUCUAUUACUAUUCGGGAUUUGGCCCGUGGCGGAGUCGGAAGAGAGGCGGCGACAAAGAAAAGGAAGAGACCAAGGCCGAGGGUGAAAUUGCUACUACGACUAGCUUUCCUCCUCAUCCUCAUGAGAGCGCUCAUCGGUCACCCUCGUCUCCAAUUGCAAAUGGGGAAUUCGAUUAUAACGACGAGGAUGACGAGGAUGACGACGAUGAGCUCGAUGGCAGCGGCGUUAGCAGCAGGAAGCGGAUGAGGAAGCCGGUGAAGGAGAGAUCGCUCAAGUCCCCUGAUGUGAGGCAGCUCAAGGAAUUUUUAGGAGGAGAAGGGUGUUAGGGUUAAGAAGUUUUAGGAGGUAAUUUCGUUUCACAGACUGUUUGUGUUUUCUCGCGGGUGAGGAUAGUGUGCCUCUCCGGAACGUGACAGAAGUGAGGGGGGGUUGUGUUAGAGUGUUUGUCCGGUGUACCGAACAGACAGUGUGAGUCCAUGUUAAAAAAUGCAAGGGUGGUUUCGUAAUUUAACAGCAGUGUUAUUAUUCUUUUCUCUAA